AUGUCGAGCGCAACCCAGGACUGUAUACCGCCACGCGGUAACGGAGAAAUGAAGAUGGUCAAGCAGGAAACACAACAAUCAAUCAGCCAGACCGAUCCAAACGAUUCUUCCUCCGGAAGUAACAACAGCAAUGUUGUCCAACAUUUGGCAGGUGGAGCAAGCCAGGGCACUUCGUCCACCUAUCAAAAACCAGCCUCCUCAAGCAACAACCAUACAGCGAAUUCGCAUCGCUCAAGACGCACAUCAACGUCUUCACCUGUGUCUUCGCCGUCGCCAACGCUACCGACCGCUUCGGCAAAACUAAGUAACGGUGCUGGCAAGACCUCUUCGUCUUCCACGACUGUCUCUGCCAGUAUGGGAUCAACCGGGACUGCUACUAGAAUGGUUCCUGCUUCUGCUUCAGUAACUAGCGGAGAGCCUAGCGGGAUAGGUUUAUCAGGUAGUAAUACGGCAAAUUAUCACAACUUCAUUGGACGACUAAUCAGCAAAGACAACAUGCUGCUAAUAAGUGAAGACGUGAUCGAAGUCGGCCGUAACUCUUCAAAGUCACAGGUGGACUUCCACGUUGGCAAGAACAGUUUCAUUUCCCGAAAGCACUUCAUCAUCCAGCACGAUAUGAAUGACGAGUUUACACUUUUCUGUUUGAGCAAGAAUGGUGUGUUCAUCGACAAUGUGUUUCAUCGAAAGAGUGGUGAACCAUACAAAUUACCAAAAUUAUGCAGCAUCCGUUUUCCAAGUACAAAUAUUAAGAUCCAGUUCGAAAACUUAAUUGAUCAGGCCAACAAUGGCAUACUGGUCGACCUGAACGAACACACGCCGGUUAAAAUCGGAACCGGACCAAUGGGAGGCAUUCCGUUGCACGCUGGUUCCAUAUCCGGUGCAUCGAUGGGUGGGUCGCAGAGCGUCACCGGAGCCACAAGCAGUGGUGCCAAUCAUAACAACACUUUGGGUCUUGGUAGUAGCGCUGGCAAUCAACACCAUUACCACAAUCGUGGUGGCAAAUCACCAUCUUCUAGUGUGAUUUAUGCGCCGCUAAAAAUUUCAAUUCCCUCCGAGCAUGGUGCUGCUGGUACUGUUGGUUUGCUCGGUGAUGUAUCGCGUGGAUCCGGUCGAAGUGGUACUACUGCAGGUGGCGGAGGAAGAGGAAGCGAUAUGCAUGCUAUAGGCGGUAGCGGUUACCCAUCUCCAACGGGUACCAUCAGUGCUGCUAACAGUUGCCCAACUAGUCCGCGACAAAACGUGCACGAAUUUGCCCAGUACAACAGUAACCACCAUCAUCAUCAGCACAGCGCCGCUAAUGUAGUCAGCAACAAUAAUAACAAUAAUUAUUCCGAAUUUCAAGCUCCGGCUACUCAAUCAUUGGAAAGUGAUAAGCCACCAUACAGCUAUGCGCAGUUGAUCGUUCAAGCUAUCUCGGCAUCACCAGAAAAACAGCUGACGCUCUCGGGGAUUUAUUCGUUCAUUUCGAAAAAUUAUCCAUACUAUCGCACUGGAGCAAACAAAGGAUGGCAGAAUUCUAUUCGGCACAAUUUGAGCUUGAAUCGAUACUUCAUAAAGGUACCGCGAUCACAAGACGAACCUGGUAAAGGUAGCUUUUGGAGGAUAGAUCCUUCAAGCGAACUGAAGCUCAUCGAUCAAAGCUACAGAAAACGACGCCAACGUGGUUCGCAGUGCUUCCGAUCGCCAUUCGGCAUGCCUCGUUCGGCACCGGUUUCACCAAGCUAUACCGAUAACUCGCGUGAAGGUUCACCAAUCAAUGAGGAAUUACUAAUGUCGGCCCCUGGUUCUCCUGGACAAAAUAAUAGCGGCUACUCCGCGAAUAACCACGAUGGUUCUCAACAAUCUUCGUAUCAGAACCAGUACACGGCAUACGCGAGUGCCGAGCAUCAACAGCAAGAAGUUUAUGAGGAAGAUGAGCAGCUCGAAUACGAAAGUGACGAUUAUGAACCGGGCAGCAAGCGUCAAAAGAUGUAA